GGACUUUUUGUACGGAAUGUCUGUCACCGUCUCCUUGCCGGACACCGUGGGUCUUGACUAGCGAGUUACUUACUCUCUGAAGUGUUCUCACGAAGUGGGUGAGCGGAUAUUUACGGUAUUCCUAGGGUGAACAGUCAGCGUUUCAUCCGACAACAGGUUACUCCGACUUCUAUUACGGAGCGCGCCAGUAGGCCAACUCGAGCCCGGGGGGCUCCGACCUCGGGCCUCUAUUUGAUUUCGCAAAAAUUGGCAAAAGAAAAAAGGAGUCGAUUUUCAAAUGCCAAUUACGCCUCCAAGGCUCGGGAAUUACUUGGGCAUGCAGGGAGGCUGCAGAACGGAAGCUGGACCAGUUUAGUUUAACAUCAAACUCGGUGCGGUCAUGGCAAGGAGUAGCUGCGUCCUUGUUGCAGGUGUCUUUACCACCCUCGUGGUACUGGUCAGCCCCAUCGUUGUCCAGGACCAUGACUUCGUUGGAGAUUACAAUGAUUAUCAGGCCUUCCAGCCAGUGGCUCCGAUCUUCGGACCCAUUAUUGUGAAGAACAUCCCGAAGAAGAAGGAAGGUCAGGAUUUUAGCAAGAUCCCCGGCAUUCCUGGAGUCGAUUUUCCUCUGUAUCACGUCGUACCACCGACCAGUUUUUCCUGCGCCCAUGUGCCCUAUGCACCUGGGAUGUACGCCAACGUGGAGACAGGUUGUCAGGCGUAUCACAUCUGCCACGACGGCCGCGAAGGACACCAGGGUGCAUCCUUCUUGUGCACGAAUGGGACUCUCUUCAACCAGCAACUAUUCGCCUGCGAUUGGUGGUAUAAUGUCAAUUGCGCCGAUGCUCCGGCCCAUUAUAACUUGAAUUUGGAUCCUGAGAAGAACCCCUUCAUCCCGAAGCGGAAGAAGGAGGAAGAGGAGUUCGAUCCGAGGUUUAGGAUCACCGUCUUCUGAGUAAUUACAUGGCAGUAAACGGGAGUCGAGAAAGGAGAGGCAGAAGAAACGAGAACAACCUGUAUGGGUCAUCGUCGUGUCGUCGAAAUGAACAUUACAACCUGGCACGUAUUUUGGACCAAGAGUGGACUAAAAUUAUAUCUACAGCCUGUUAGAAGAGAUCGUCAAUCAUAGUUCGGAUUAACAUUCGCAUUCCUCUUUACUCGUUUUAACUUAACUCGCUUUCUUUAAGUUUCGUUAAGCAGUACUUAUACGGGGCAUAACGAGAUUUGUAGGACGUUAGAGUACACUUAGAUAGACACAGGCAAUUAGACAUAAGUACCUUGAGAGGCUGCGUAACGUGUAGACGAGAAAUUCACUUGAAAUCGGAUAUUUCUGCACUUGUACUUGCGGGGAAAUCUAUGCCACCAUUAGCAAAAGAAGUAUGUGAAAAGUUACGUUAUUGCAUUUAUAGAUAGGUCAAAAGCGCAUCGAGGUUUAAUUUCGGGGCCAUUUUCUUUUUUCUCUUACACAAGUUUAUCUUAAGACUUCUUGUAAUUAUUUUAGAAAGCAAGAAUAAUAAUUUAGCAUCUGCGAGUACCUUCGGCGAUCAUUCCUUCGUUCGCCGAGAUAGCACGGCUCGAGGUGGCGGAGAAAUGUACGUUAAUUAAAUUAAACCAAGGCGACUGCUGUCUUCGUAAACAAGAAUAAUAGAAUUUAUAAUAACAUCGCCAACGCGACGUGGAAAGCAGUCCGCGCAAUCUUCGCCGCUAAUGACAUAAAUUAACGGAGUCCUUGCAGACCUCGCAUAAAUUUCCUUAUUAAACAGUCUCCUUUUCAUUUGCAACAUUGCUUAUCAAUACCGACGAAUCGUUCGCGAGAGUUUGCGAAUAUUUUAUCGGAAAGGUGUGGCGCGAUUACUCUAACUGUCUCGUAAGAAAACGUCCCACAAUUUUCUACUCGCCUUAGUUUACGUUAACACGUGUAUGAAAUUAAAUUAUUCUUCACUUGUUUCCGUGACUUUUAAGCGGCUCCCAUAUUAGGGUCGGAAUUACUUGUACAUCGCGAGAGCCGUAAAUAAUGCGCGAUGGCCAGAGGUCGGAGAUUAUUAAGACUUUUUAAUUCAUAGAAAUUAAUUUCU